AUGGCCCGAAGAUCGCAGGCAGCAGGGGGGAGAACCGACUCGUACCCCGAUCUGUACCCCGAAAUAGCCGCCGUCAGCUCCAGUGCAGAUGUUGACAGCAGCUCCACCGAGAAACUUACAGCUAACGACGCGGACGACGCCUUCCAGGCGCACUCGACGGGACACUACGCGUCCCCUGCACGCCGGCGCCACCGCACCACCUUCAGCCAUGAACAGCUGGAGCACCUGGAGGUGGCCUUCGGCCAGAACCACUACCCCGACAUCUACUGUCGUGAAGAACUAGCCCGGGUCACCAAGUUGAACGAGGCGCGCAUACAGGUGUGGUUUCAGAAUCGGCGUGCCAAGAAGAGAAAGCAGGAGCGAGCGUCCCAGAAGGCUUCUGCAGCAGGGUCUUUGCCGGCCCGUGGCAGUCUGGUGGGUGGGAGGUGUCUCUCAAUGAACGGGGCAGAACGACAGUACCAGUACCACCGCUCCCUGGCCCACGUGCCUCAUUUCCCAGCUGUGUUGGGGUCCAGCAGCUACCCUCAUCCCUCCCCCACUACACAGUUUCCCUGCACCUCCGCUUCUCAGCCUCCAACCUGCCCGCAUGAGGACUGGUACAAGCAACUGCGCCACAUGGGCGCCCCCCCUCCCAGUCUCCCCAGCCCCAUGUUCUCUCUGGCCUCUAUGCCUGGGCUGGAUCCCGUCCCUCACUGGAGCUAAGUCUGUCUGGUGGUCUCAUAGGCCGCAGGCUGAGUGUAUGUGACCUUGGCAAUGACUGAGACCGUCCGCAGAAUUCAGAGCUUCUUCAGCUUCCCUCUGCUCAGUCCUUCAAGGCUGUGCCCUGUUCUCUGCUUGUGAGAUCUGACUGAUAUCUAAACAUUCCAGUGUAGUUUAUUUUACCAUAGAGGCCUCUGAUUUUAAAGAAAACCGCAGUACACCAGUCUUGAUG